CCGGUGGGACCGCUUCGCGACGGCCGCUCGCCGCCCUUCCCCGGCCGUCCCGUCCCCGCCGGCGGACGCAGGGAGCUGAGGCCCGGCGUGCAGGGUGCCAUGGAAGGCCGCAGGCAGGCGGAGGCGGCGGGAGCGGAGACACUGACCGGCUGAGGCCGAGGCAUGUGGAGUCCCGGCGGGAGCCUGCUCCACACCCUGCCCCGGGCCUUGCAGCACGCCGGUCGGCUGGGCGGCGCGGAGCAGCCCGGCCGCUGGGCACCCGAGCGGACGGUGGGCGGGGACUGCCCCGAGGACCGCCUUCCCCGCGGGGGCGGGGCCGGCGCGGCUGCAGCGGCGGCGGCGGCCUCCGGCGCCCUGCUCGGCGCCUAUCUGGAGCGCCACGGUCCGCCCGCGGCCUCGGACUUGCCGGCGCCUGCCGGGGCGUUGGCGGGCGGCCCCGGGAGCGGCGGCGGCGUGGUGGUCGGGGUGGCCGAGGUGAGAAACUGGCGGUGCUGCUGCCUCGGCAGCACCUGUUGGUGCCGGAGCCUCGUGCUGGUGUGCGUGCUGGCCGCCCUGUGCUUCGCUUCCCUGGCCCUGGUCCGCCGCUACCUGCAGCAUCUCCUGCUCUGGGUGGAGAGCCUCGACUCGCUGCUCGGGGUCCUGCUCUUCGUCGUGGGCUUCAUCGUGGUCUCCUUCCCCUGCGGCUGGGGCUACAUCGUGCUCAACGUGGCGGCCGGCUACCUGUACGGCUUCGUGCUAGGCAUGGGGCUCAUGGUGGUGGGCGUCCUCAUCGGCACCUUCAUCGCUCAUGUGGUUUGCAAGCGGCUGCUCACCGCCUGGGUGGCCGCCAGGAUCCAGAGCAGCGACAAGCUGAGCGCCGUUAUCCGCGUCGUGGAGGGAGGAAGCGGCCUGAAGGUGGUGGCGCUGGCCCGGCUGACUCCCAUACCUUUUGGGCUUCAGAAUGCAGUGUUUUCGAUUGCUGACCUUUCCUUACCCAACUAUCUCAUGGCAUCUUCGGUUGGACUGCUUCCCACUCAGCUUCUCAACUCUUACCUGGGUACCACCCUGCGGACAAUGGAAGAUGUCAUCGCAGAACAAAGUGUUAGUGGAUAUUUUGUCUUUUGUUUACAGAUUGUUAUAAGCAUAGGCCUCAUGUUUUAUGUAGUCCAUCGAGCUCAAGUGGAACUGAAUGCAGCUAUCGUAGCUUGUGAGAUGGAACUGAAAACCUCUCUGGUUAAAGGCAGUCAGCCAGAUCCCAGUGGCUCUCCCUUCUACAACAAGAGGACCCUCACGUUUUCUGGAGGUGGAAUCAAUAUUGUAUGAGUCUUACAAACUGUUGUCAAGAGCCUAGUAUGCUGUACAGGCCUAGCAGUCACUUGCCCAGUGGCAGACACGAGUGCUGUUGCAUUAUGGCACAAACAAAACUGACUAGUUUUUAAAUUGCACAAUUUUCUAAAAGCAAGAACCAUUUUCUGAGUCUGUAAAUGUAAAUGUGGACGCAGCUUUGGCUGCCCCUUGUUAUACCUGAAAUGCCUAGAGGUGUGCACUUUAGUGUUGUUGAAUGGUUUUAUUGCUGGGACUUAUGGACAGAGAAAUAACCCAAAUAUUUUUUCUGUUUAGUAUCCUUAUUUAUAAAGCUCAUGAAUAGUUUUGUACAUCUGUCUUUAAAGAUGAGUAAAAGUAUGCAGUUCUAAAUGUAUCAUUGCUGGAUGUUCUUUGCUUAGGUAGUCUUUCCAGAAGGAGUAAACUGUUUGUUUUUCAGGUUUGGUUUUUUUUGUUGUUGUUGUUUUGUUUUGUUUUUGUUUUUGUUUUUAUUGUUGUUCCCUUGUCUGUUUUAAGUAGGACAACUUUGCUUCAUUUUCUUUGCUUGUAAGAAAAUAGAUAUACUUCAGUUGAAUGUAUGUUAUCAAGCAUUAUGUCUUUGUGGGCCUUUUACACCUUUUCAUACAAGCUUAAAUCCUACAUUGUGGGACUGAAGUGCUCUUAAGAUUCCUUUUUAUUUUCACUGUGUAAUAUGCAAAGCAAAAGGGAAAUUAUUCAGGGGUUGGUGGCUCAAAAGUAGAACCCACAUUCUUAUUUUAUUAUAUUGGUUUCACCCUUUAGACCUCAUCAAAGGGCUGUCUGAUAGCAUUCUUACUAAACCAUUUUCCCUUUUUAUAUUAACAAUUAGGCUUUGAAAUAAGUAUACCAUUCCUAUAAAAUGGUGGGCUUACCAUCUUUGAAAUUGUCUUUCAGGUGGCCUUGUUUAGUCAAAACGCCUUGUUAAAAAGAACCAAGCUUUAAAAUCAUGUUUAUAGUUCCAUUAAAGUACUUAUAUAUUUGUCCCCAUAGUCUUCAGCUUUAAAAUUAUAAACAUAAUAUUAACUAAAUGCCCAUGUUUGUGUUAUCUGUUCUGUUAUUGCUGCUUUGUUUGGGGCUUUGGUAUUCCUUUUCCCUGGGAAGACUCAGGAAUUCUGAAAUGUGAAACUGCCUCAGUUCUUUGUCUUGUAGCGUGAGUGUUUACUAGCAGCACUUAGGGCUGUAGAAUACAGUCAUCCAACAUGAUUCAUAUGGCGCGCACUCAUUAAUCAGCUUUUCUUUUAAAAUAGUUUAAUUACAAACUUAAUGGCUAGUUGAUUUUGUUAAGAAUGAGAUUGUAGAAAUAUGGUAACAUUUUCUGUUAAGUACUUCAUUUUUCUGACUUUUCCAACGUAUCAAAGCUCUCUCUUCUGCCUUUUCCUUGCAGUAAAACCUUUGCCCUGGUUACUGCUGACCCACAGAGUAAUCCUUUACAAGCAGAUUUUUCUAGUCUUCCACUAGAGAUGAAUUCGAUCAUGUUCAUAUCCACGAUUUUUGCCCUGUUCCGGUUGUUUCCCUUCCCUCACUGAUACAUAAGUUCCUUUGCCUUUGAGUAGCAGUAGAAAACCAGAGAACUAUGAUGAAAAGCAUUUGGUCUACAGCGCAUGAUGGCCUCCAGAUCUUUCUGUUAUUGGUAGAAAAAUAACUAUAUAUACUUUGAGUCCCCAUUGCUAUUUAGUUUUAAAUUUUAUUUUAGUUUAACCAUCCAAAUAAAGGAAAUAUUUGAUUUAUUCUUUUCCGUAUGACUUGGCAACAUUUUUCUCGUGUUUCUCAUUAUUUUUUUGUUAAAGGAAUCUUUAUUUAAGAUCCAUAUUUUCAUACUUGUUUUAAAGUUCAUGUAUUUUGAAGUGCAUUCUAUUACUUAGUAUUUGUGACGAACAACUUCACCAAACGAGUAUCUGUUGGUAGUUUGUAAUGAGUUCUUCCAGAUGUUAACACUUUCCCUGGUAUUUGUACUAAAUAUGUAAAGGUAAAAAAUAAUUUUCUGUAUUCUGCCAAUCAUAAUUUUAUAUAAUAAAUCAUCAACUUUUAUAAUAGUAUGGAUUGACCAUUUCUAAAAUACAAAUUUAGCUGUACUUUUCCAGGGUCCCAGGAAACAGCAGUCCAUUAUCGCCGUGUUAUUUGAUAGGCGCAUCUGGUGGCUGGUGUCUAGGUUACAUUCACACUCACCGUAAUGUGCAGCGUAGCUAUGCCAUGUUCACUGUCUCUAACCCUGCAACCUAGACUUAGGGCAGCAGCAGUUGCCAGGCAAUGCUUUCAUUUGGGCACAUGUCGCCUCCAGCCAUAUGUGUUUAUGAAAUGCAUAUUCACAGAAAUGAGAUGCACAGCAUUCUUUCACACCAGUUAGCUACAGUCUAAAGUUGCUUUAUAUUCAUUUAGAGCCCACCUAGUUUUCAAAUCUGGUGAAAGUUUCGUCCUGUUUUCUUUAAGAUUUCCACUUUGGCAAAUUUGCAUUACCUCUUUUUAAAACCAUGUUUAUACUUACUGUGUUUUUAUGUCUUUUUUAUUUGAUCAUCUGAUUUGUGAAUUAUUGAAGUCCAUACUCUUGAUAAACAAUCAUAUCAUCAAGUCUCUGUCAUUAGAAUGCUCACUUUGAGUUUAUAUUCGGAAGUGACUGGAUUUAUUCAGGGCCAGCCAUACUCAUCGUUGAUGCACUGUAACCAGCCGCUAAUGUUCCACGAUGGUUUUCCCCAGUGCUCACUUACUGGACUGUCAGACAGUUUCCUCCCUGCGAAGCUGUGAAGGUCAGGUUCGUUUGCCCUCACUGUAAAUGAAUUAAGCAGUAGAGGUGCUCCCCUGUCCCCAGCAGCAUAUGUAUUUACCUGUGGUGGCAAUCUGAACUCUUCCUGGGGAAGUUGCUAGGACUUAAAUUUGUUGUCCAUGAGACUGUCUUUCCAGUUCUUAAAAGCCGCUAGGUGUGUGCCACAUUGGUGCAAAUAAAUCCAUACUGUGUGGCAGGUGCAUGCCGUUCACAGAAAAGGAGCAUUUGACGAGAAGAAGAGGUUUACUGUGAAGCUAGAGAACAAUUGUAACAAUUGUAAUUGAUGGCCUUGGUGCUGAGAUUUUGUUUCAGCUAAAGGCUACACCUAGGCUGUGAAUGAUACUCCAUGUAAUACUGUCAGGCUUCUCAGAUUUGAUUUUUCUGGUUUCUCUUAUGAUAAGGUAUUUAGGAUAUAUAUUUUUAAAGGUCAUUGCUUCAAACUGAAAAGCCAUUUAAAUGGGGAGAGGAAUUACUCUCAUAGGAUAUUUAAAAUUCAGGAGGUCAAGUAAACCCACAUAUUGAACAGACACCGUUGACUUUGCAGCUGAAUUAUAACCUGGCGUGUCUGAGCUGCAGAGUGAUCGCUGCAAGCUGUUCUCAAAGGUGGUUGGGAUUUCAGUGGAGAGCUCUAACAGUGAAGCAGUGCAAUGUCUUGAAAAUUGGUAUCCCACAUCACUUGUGUGCCUAAGAAAAUAAAAGGAAAUGUUUUAUUUUUCUUCUCUCUUCUCUUUCUUUUCUAUGGUUGUAAAGACGUGUUCAUGGGAGAGAACAGUUCAGGGGGAGGGGGGCUGCAUCCUGCUUCUAGCAGUGGUCAUGCUGAUGAUCAAUCUCAUGUUGGGUAUUAGGAUUGUAGGAGCGGUGCUGUGACAGGUGAUGCUCAUUUCUUAUAUUGGCCUUUGCUUUUUAGCUCCUGUGUCAGAAAAUGCCAUCUGUUAACACAUUGUUAGUUUCUUGAUGCUUUUUCAUAAAAUCAAAAACUUGUCCUGAUUUAAUUUUCUGUCCCUUUGUACCUAUUUUCGCUGACAGUUUCCUGGAAAGUACAUUGCAGCUACCAUAAAUGAUCUUCUUAGCAUCCA